AUGAUAACUCUAUCCAUUUAUGGGAUAUUAAAGACAGGAUAAUUAAAAGCCAAAUUAGAUGGUCAUUCGGGUUGUAUUAAUAUAGCUUAUUUCUUUCCUGAUGGUACUACAUUAGCAUCUCGUAGUUCAAAUGAAAUUCAACCUCAAGAUAAUUUUUACAAAGACCCUCUCUCUUAGUUUAAAUUGCCAAUUUAAAGUCCAUCUAUUUUAUAAAAUGGUAUUUUUUUAUAUCAUUCUUUAGAUGAGAUCGAUCAUACAAUACUGAGAAUUGUCAAAAUCCAAAUAUGA